AUGGCAGCUAUCGACGACAUCCCGUCCACCGCCUUGCCUGGCAAGGUCCUGGGCCCGACCUCCAGGUUCGCCCCUGGCGCCGGCACUCACAUCUUCGAGGGCAAUGUCGUGUCCUCCCUCAUGGGUCGCGUUACCAUCAUCCCGCCAGCCAAGGCUCCCGGCCCCGCCAAGCGUCUGAACAAGAUCACCGCUCCGACCGUUGAAGAACUUGCCACCAUCUCCGUCUCCCGACAUGGUAGCAAGCACGAGAUCCUCCCCGACGUCGAUAACAUCGUCCUUGCGCGCGUCGUGCGCCUCAUGCCCCGCCAGGCGAUCGUCGUCAUCCAGCAGGUCGGCGAGACUGUCUUGCAGACCGAGUGGCAGGGCGUGAUUCGUGUGCAGGAUGUAAGGGCGACGGAGAAGGACAAGGUCAAGAUCUACGAGUCAUUCAAGCCCGGCGAUAUCGUGCGAGCCCAGGUGAUUUCGCUCGGUGACCAGGCCAACUACUAUCUCUCUACCGCCUCGAACGAACUCGGAGUCAUUAUGGCGAUAAGCGAGGCUGGAAACGAUAUGGUCCCCGUGAGUUGGAAGGAAUACAAGGACGUGGAGACGGGUAUCAGCGAGCCCCGAAAGGUUGCCAAGCCCAGUUGA